CUUCAUCGUUGCUUAGUUAGUUGGAAAAGAAAAAACGAAGUGAUCGAACGUGUUCUUGUUAUUUUGCCGCUGUUUGUUUCGUUUCACACCUCCAAUCCCGCACCUAUUGAAGACGUUCACACUUUUUGAAAAGAAAAACAAAAAAAAAAACAAUUAGAAUCAGUGAAAGAACACAAAACAUUUUAUACUCGCGCUCAUUCACACUAUGAGACACAGCGUCGACAGCCAACAACUACGAUGUUGUUUCGGUAGCAGAUAAAAAAAAUACAGCAACAACAGCAAAACAACUAGAACGAGUCUUCGAAAUAGAACGCAUUACACUUGUGAUUUGGAUUUUAAGGUGUUCAGUCACAUAUACAAAAAUAACCGUCGGAAUGCAUUAAAAAUAUAUACUACAUACGAGUACAUAGUGAAGAAUGAAAAAGCAUUAAAAAGCUAUAUAUAACAAUUUUUAAUAGAUAUUUUAUUUUAAUAAAAUAAAAAAAAAAAACAUUUUAAGCAAAAAAAAAAGUUAAAAAAAUUAUUUAUUGUAAUCGGAAGUGCCUUCAUUUAAAUACAUACACACACUGAUACAAAUAUAAUCUAAAAAAAUAUAUAAUAUAAUAUAAUAUAAUUAUACUUAACUUAACAUUAAAAAAAUGGAAAAUGAUCAUCAAACAGCUAAGAAAAGUGAGAAUUUUCAUAAAAAUAAAAGUGGAUCAUCUGCAAAACAUACUUUAAAUGGUGAAAACAAAGAAGAGAUUAUUAAUAUGGAAUCCACAAAUAAUAGAAAUACGCAUCAUGCUUCACAGGUUUCAUUGUCAAGCAGUAAAGGAGUUAUUACAAAUUCAAACAGUCCAAAAAUGGGAUCUAGACGUAUAUUUACACCACAAUUCAAAUUGCAGGUUCUGGAAUCUUAUAGAACCGAUAAUGAUUGUAAAGGGAAUCAACGAGCUACAGCCAGAAAAUAUAAUAUUCAUCGACGUCAAAUUCAAAAAUGGCUACAAUGUGAGUCUAGUCUCCGUUCCUCGGUAGCGAAUAUAAAUCAUUCUUCAGUAAAACACCAAUUUCAUAACGUCAGUGUGCAACAACAACAACAAACGAAACAUGUUGCAAUUACCACCCACUCUUCAGUUAGCAGUUCAUCAUAUGCAUCCAGUCAACUACAUUCUUCACAUUUAUGUCUAGAUUCAACUAGAGGUUCUGCAUCGCUUAAUUCUAUGAAAGUGCCAUCGUUAUCUUCUUGUGUAACUACACCAACUAAUCAGGGAUCCCAUGAUAUUUUUGAAGCUUCAAAUUUGGCUGCAGUGGUGGCUGCUGCUGCUGCUUCAGGCACUAUCCCAAUUACAAGCUCAUCGGGCACAUCGCCAGCAUCAACGCCAGUUGUGUCGCCAUUGCGACCUUCGGUGACUAUUAUUUCAAAUAGAAAUACAAAUUCGGCAAUAUCACCUUUACUUCAUCAUCCCCAUCACUAUGGAAUCCCACCAUACAGCAAUAUGUCUUCUACUGUGCCAAUAUUAGCCCAUCAUCUAUCAAAUCCCCAACAACAUAUGCACCAACAAACUCUUCCAACACAUCAGACAUCAUACCAAUACCACAACAUGACAUAUUCGCCAACAAUAUCAUCGCAUCAUCAUCAAACGGAGAAACAGCAGUCAUCUUCAUAUUUUACGCCCAUAAGUCUACCUACCAUUAACGUCUUAUCAGCAGCUGCCUCUACUGCCAGCAGUUAUUCAGGAAGAGAUACUGAACUUACAAAUAAAUUGGAUUUGAUUCCAAUGGGGAGUAAAACAUACCCUAAACAUGAACUUGUAUCUGAUAAGUCGCCUUUUUUGUGUAAUAACAAUCAGGGCUAUGCUAAUUAUGAAUGCCCUGAGUCUGCUGGCAUUAUAAACUCCUCAAAUAUUAAUUUUGCAAGCACUAUCAAUCAGUUGGAGGAAAAUUCAUCAUCCUAUUCCACGGCGUAUCCAUUUGGGCCAAUGGACUUAUCACUUCGUCAUCGUCGAGAUGUAAAGUCUGAAUUUGUUGCGAAUAUAAAAUCCAGUUUUCACAACACAGAAGAAACUCCUGUACGAAAAGAAUGGAACGAUAAGGCGGGUGUCGUUGAUUUGACAUAUCGUAAACGAAGGGUUCUUAAUAUGCCUCAUUCAAGUGAAGAUUACAAAAAUGAAUUCUCCGAAAAGCAUCUGAAAUUGUCCAACCCCGACAUAUCACUAAAUAAAUCACUUACUUAUAGUCCGAUUGAAGAUUGUGCUAAUCAUAUCACGACAAAUUCAUCUAACGCCCAUGAUGACGACGAUGUUGAAAUUGAAGUAGGAAUGGAAGAAAAAUUUCCAACAUCAUCCAAGCCAGUUAAGCUUUUCAAACCAUAUUUGCUAGACGAGUGUGAAAACAAAGACAGCUACAUCAGUAGUAAUAUAAAUAAAUUUAGUAAAACUGAACAUAGACAAAAAUUAGAACAAAUUACAACAUGUUGCUUUUCGAAUGGUAUUUCAACAACAACUAACAAUUCUAAUGAUCCUCUCACACGUGACAAUACUUUUCCAGAUGUUGUAAAGGAAAACAUUAAUGCUUGCGUUAACGGUUCUAAUUUUCUUGUAGAUUCUAGAUGUGAAAGUCCUAGAAGUGCCUGCAGUCCAGCAGCAAUUGUCCCUACAAUGUCGCCAACGAACUUUCAGUGCCCCAAAGGAUCACCAGCCUCAUCAGGUUAUGAAAGCUCUACAUCAACAUAUAGUGACUCAUCUUCAUCCUCCAGAAAUGACACAUUCACGUACGGGCAAACAUACUGCGUUAACCUACAAAUGCAAACCAUCUACAAUGAAAACAUACAUGUCAUUCAUCAUCCAUCAAAAAACGUACAAAAAUGGUUGGAAAAAGAUGAUUCCAAACCGCUGACAUCUAAUUCGUCUAUAGCUUUAUUGGUAUAAGUUUAUUCUAUAAAUAAUAUUUACAUAUAUGUAGAUAAUAAGGUCAAUUAAAUCUUGAGUUAUUACAUGUUGCCUCGUAUGUCUAAUCAAAAACACCACUCUUAAUACGCAACUGACGUACAUAUAUAUAUAUAAAUAGAUACAUAUAUAUUUGAAACAUAUCGUUUUUUAUUUGAAUAAAAACGUACAUAAGUAAUAUAAUAAACAUAACUACAUCAUGAAAUUUACUUGUAAGAUGUUAAUAAAUAUGAGUCAAUUAAUAGACAUUUUCGGUAUAUUAAGUAACAAUUUUUUCUUAAAAAGAAAUUUUGUAAUAUUUGUUUACGUAUUUAAAAGAAAGCUUUAAUUAAUACAGUUUUGGAAUAAUUUGGCGAUUAAUUGUGAUAUAAAUUGAACUGUUUAAAUUAAAAUAACACAUGAUUAUUAAAUUUUAAGUGUCUUAAGUAUACGUAGUAUUCAUUUUAAAAUAUGUUUAUUGUAUUUUUUUAUAUGAUAUGCAUAUGUAUAUCGUUCGCAUACAUGAGAAAAAAUUGUAUUUGGAAUAAAUAAUUUUAUUUAAUAAUAAA